AAAAACGAUUUUGCCAAAAGAUUUCAGUAGAAGAACGACCGCGUUCCGUUUAAAACUGAUCAAGAAACUGAUCAUUUCGAAAGUGCGAAUUGAAGAAAGGAUAUUAGGAAGUGUGACAAAAAAAAUAUUUAAGAAUUUUGAAAUUUUUGAAAAGGGACAUUGACACGAAGAAAAAAAAUUUGGUGUUGUUAUUUAUAAAAAUUUACAAAAAUAAAAAUAAUUAAAUAUGGAAGCUAAAACCGAAACGAAAGCAGAAGCUACCCCAGCUACUCCUCCAGCAGCAGAAACCAAAACAGAUACUUCCGCUCCUCCUAAAGCUGAAGAAAAAGCUGCACCUGCAGCUGAAGCCCAACCCGUUGAAGCUCCAAAAGAAGCAGCUGCUCCUGCCCCAUCUGCAGAUGCUAAGCCUGCUGAAGCUCCAAAAGAAGCUGAUCCCGCCCCAGCUGCUGAAUCUCCAAAAGAAGCUGUUCCCGCCGCAGCUGCUGAAGCUCCAAAAGAAGCUGCACCAGUAACUCCUGCUGAAGCACCAAAAGAAGCCGCUGCUGCACCAGCUACUCCUGCUGAUGCUCCUGCACCUGCAACUCCCGUUGAAACUCCAAAGGAGGCUGCUACCGCACCAGCUGCAGAAGCUGCACCCACAACAACUGUUGACGCUCCUAAAGAAGCUGCUCCUGCACCAACGGCUGAAGCUGCACCCGCAACUCCUGCCGAAGCUGCACCCGCAACUCCUGCCGAAGCUGCACCCGCAACUCCUGCCGAAGCUGCACCCGCAACUCCUGCCGAAGCUGCACCCGCAACUCCUGCCGAAGCUGCACCCGCAACUCCUGCCGAAGCUGCACCCGCAACUCCUGCUGAAGCUGCUCCCACACCAGCUGCUGCAACUCCCGUUGAAGCUCCCAAGGAAGCUGCUCCUGCAACUCCUGCUGAAGCUCCUAAAGAAGCUGCUGCCGCACCUGCUGCUGAAGCUGCACCUGCAACUCUUGCUGAAGAAUCAAAGGAAGCUGCGGCCACACCACCUGUUGAAGCUGCUCCUGCAACUCCUGCUGAAGCUCCAAAGGAAGCUGUUCCCGCACCAGCAGCAGAAGCUACACAAGAAACUACUGCUGAAGCUCCUAAAGAAGCUGCUCCCGCUCCAGUUCCUGAAGCUGCACCCACAACUACUGUUGACGGUCCAAAAGAAGCUGUUACCGCUCCAGCUGCGGAAGCUGCACCCGCCACACCUACUGAAGCUGCACCGGCAACUCCUACUGAGGCUCCAAAAGAAGCUGCUGCCGCUCCUGCUGCUGAAGCUGCACCCGCUACUCUCGCAGAAGCUCCAAAGGAAGCUGCUGCCGCCCCAGCUGCUGAAGCUGCACCCGCUACUCCUGCAGAAGCUCCAAAAGAAGCUGCUGACGCAACAGCUGCACCUGAAACUCCCGCAGAAGCUCCAAAAGAAGCUGCUGCCGUCCCAGCUGCAGAAGCUGCACCUGCCACACCUGCAGAAGCUCCAAAGGAAGCUGCUGCCGCCCCAGUUGCAGAAGCUGCACCCACAACUCCCGCUGAAGCUCCAAAAGAAGCUGCUGCUGCACCAGCUGCAGAAGCCCCUAAAGAGACCGCUGCUGAAACUAAGACUGUUACUGACUCUGCACCAGCAGCCGAUGCUGCCCCAGCUGCCCAAUCUAUCGAACAACCAAAAACAGCAGAGCCAGCUGCAGCCCCAGCGGAAGAAAAACCAAAAACACCAGAAACUGAACAAAAGAAAGAAGAAGCACCAUCGACUGAAACUAAACCCGCUCCAGCUGCUGCUCCAGCUCCAGUUGAAAAGAAGGAAGACAAUCCCACAGAAGCUGCACAAGCUGCCGCUGCAACUCCAGCGGCAGCAGCAGCAGCCCCCAAAACCCCAGAAGCUGAGGAUAAAAAGGACAUAAAGGAAGCAAAGCCUGCAGAACCAGAGAAAAAGGAAGAAGCUAAGGCAGAAAGUGCGGCAAAACCAGCAGCUGCUAAGGCCAAAGAACCCGCUAAGUCAGCGAAAGAAGCCCCAAAAGCUGCCAAGCAAGCAGCUAAAAAGUAGAGUCCGCACUGCAAACUCUCCUCAGUAGUUUUAGUUAAGAAUAAUCACCAUUUUACACAUACGCUCGUAAGCACUCUUGUAUUUAUUAUUAAUCCUUUGUCUUCUAAACUUUCAUAGUCUUCGGUGGACCUUCUGCAAUCGUCUUUGAAACACAACGCACUACACGUUCUACAUCUAUAAUUCACAUUUGACAAGUAUUGCAUAUGGCCUUCGCCAUCCACUAAUAAAAAUUUCUUCUAUGACAUAGAAAUACAAAUAAA